CACAGUUUAGAGAGAGACAUGGAAACGAAGAACACGUUCAACUGCGAAUUCUAACCUCUAAAUCGGAAAUGCACAGUUUUGUCCACGCGCACGUGCGCACGAGUAUAGCGCUGCGUUCGCAGUAUAAAGACCUAACUUUUCUGAUGAUGUUAUGCGCGGCUCGGCUACUGCAACAUGCUUGAGGUUGAGAAGGAAGACUAUGCUAUGGGUUAUUAGUUGCGAAAUGAUGAUUUUUAAAAUUAUUAUUCAAAACUUUGGCGUGCAUAAAAACUGCUGAUACGGUUCAAAAUUUUAAUUUAACGUUUUCGAUUGUUUUUUUGAAUUUGUUCAUUACUUUUCUUGAGUGCGCUGAAAUUUAACAAUGAUGAACAUACUAAGAUGUUGUAGAGGAAGAUUGCAGGUGACACCUGUCACCACAAUUUUUCGCAGGCCGUACAUAAAAAUAUCGAACAAAAUGGAGAUAUUGUUGAAACAAGCUGACAAAAUACCACGAAACUUUGAACUUAUAUAUAGGUAUCCAACAUUUAGAAGUGCUGGAUUUCUGUUCCACACAGUUAAUUUCGUUACCAUGACUACAUUUACAGUAGUCGCAUGUGCAUAUUACAUGGAUAAACCUAUAAAUGAAGAUGAAAGAAAGCUAGAUUUGAUACAAAACCCAGUACGUGGAGUAAUAGUAGGUUGUGCUACAUUUCUAAUACUUGCUUUAACAUGGACUAUGCGUAGUAGGUCUCCUAUGAGAAUUUAUUAUCAUCCGGACAGUAAAGCAUACAGAGCAAUUUUCCUAGGAAAAAUACCGUACUCAUUAGAAUAUUAUGAAUUUAACAGAGGCCAGAUGAGUUACGUAUCUCCAAAUUCCAUAUUACCAUGGCGAAGUUUAUUAUUUGAAGCAAAUGGUCGUAAAAUGAUAUUGUACGAUGACCAUUUCAGAACAGCAGCUGAUUUCGCUGAAAUGUUUAAACCAGAAGAAAAAUAAUUAUUAACGUUUUGUACAUACUCUACAAAUUAAAAAUGUAAAAUAAAACUUUAAUUAGCUUCAA